CCACGUGACUAGUGACAUUCAGAUUAUAUAUAGAAGGUGAUGGAGGGUGAUGAUGUCAAACUGGAACGAGUACAUCUCCUUUUAUCGCAUCAAUAUCAGGAUUUUUGUGAAUUUCGUCGAGCCAACAGAAAAAUAUUCAUAAGCCUGGCUUCAUGCAAUAUACCCCUCUUCGAACCGACGAUGAUUCGUCAACCGUAUUGGCAUUCCGAUCGAAGAAGAUAUCUCGGCAGUUGACUCGCCGACCAAUAAUGUUCUUGUUCAUGCUGGGAAUUUUGUUUCUGGGAUAUUUAGCAAUAGCUAAUGAUCUCAGUACAUCUCGAUUUGGUUCAUCUGCCCUUGACAGCUUAGCAAGCUCUCUCAAGCUUCAAAAGUAUCGUUACAUUGUGAUUAUCGAUGCUGGAUCAACAGGCACUCGCCUUCUAGCAUUCACAUUUCACUUGUCCAUCAUCAAUGGUGAUCUUAUUCUGGACAAUGAGUUCUAUGAAGAGAUAACUCCUGGCUUGAGCAGUUACAGCGAUGAUAGGAGGGGCAUGAUCGAGUCAUUGGAAAGAUUGGUAAGGAAAGGCAAAGCUGUUAUUCCUUCGGAUGCGUGGUCACAGACCCCCAUAAAUUUAAAAGCAACUGCUGGACUGAGACUGCUACCUGAAGCUCAGGCGUCCCUCAUUCUCGAGGAGUGCAGGAAUUAUUUAAAAACUUCAGGCUUUUUGGUCAGUGAUAACUCGGUGUCAAUCAUGGGAGGGGUUGACGAGGGCAUUUAUGGUUGGUUCACUAUCAAUUUUCUACUGAAUCGCCUCAGCUCCCGUAGCAUUGGAAGUACGGUGGCUGUACUGGAUCUUGGGGGUGGAUCGACUCAGGUUACUUAUGUGCCUGACGAAGAGGAUUUGCGGGAUAUUAUUGAUCACGUUUACACAAUCAAUGUUUUUAGUCAUAAUUUGAGCCUUUACACUCAUAGCUAUUUGGGCAUGGGCGUCAUGGCAGCCAGAAGGGCCAUUUUAACACUAGACUUGAGCCCUGAGGAUAGGGAGAUCCCUGGCGUCAUCCAGAUUAACUCGGAAUGUAUUAAUCCUAUAAUUGCCACUGAGUGGAGCUAUGGAGGACAGAAUUACAUGGUGAAGGGUCCGGUCAAUGGCUCUUAUAAAAUUGUCAAGACCCAAAAUUAUGCUGGAGCCGAUGAGAAGAGGCCCAUUGUCAGAUUUGAAGAGUGUAAAAAUCUUGUUCAGAGGUUUAUCAGGGAUGUUCAAGAUCGGCCAGUUGGGCUGGCAAAACGGGAUAUAUACGGAAUUGCUUAUUAUUUUAAUCGAGCCACUGAGGCGGGCUUAAUUGAUCCCUUCAAAGGCGGUGUGAUAACCCUUCAUACUUUUUACAAUGGAAUUGUUGACGCUUGUAACUAUCCAAAUGCAGAUCAGCCCUUCACGUGCCUGGACAUGAUGUAUAUUUAUGUAUUAUUGGAGAACUGCUUUGGACUGAAUAAUUCAACAAAAUUAAACCUUUACCAGAAAUACGACGGUCAUGAAUUGAGUUGGGGCCUCGGUGCUGCCUUCAGCCUACACCAGGGCCUCUGACAUUGUUAAUUGAGCUCAUCAACAUCGUUGGGCUAACCCCGAAAAUUUUCUGGUGAGCCAACCAAUGGGAAUGUAUAUUCAACGAGAGCUAACAUAUUUUUUGUGAUGCUCUGGUGCUCGAAAUAGAUACUCAUUUAGGUUCAGUGCCUUCCACUCAAUAAAAAUCCAUGGAUCAUAUCUUGGAACUCCUGGAGCCUUUUAUCUCAAGUGUUAAUGAUACCAUAUGAUCGAGUGUGAAAUAAGUAUGUGCUGAUGAAUUUGUGAAAAUGCUCAUUUUAUAGAGAUGGACAGAGACAUAGAUUUGAAGAUAGAUUGAAACUUUAUUUCCUCAUUUUGGUCAAUAUAUUAUGGACGGAAUUAUUCAUGUAAUUGCACGAUAACUGCUGCCACCGUUAAUUAUUAAUUCCCAUUAAUUCAUAAUUAUGUUGGUUAUUUUUUUAAGUGACUUAUUCCAUGAUGUACUGUAUUAUUAAUCUUGAUAUUUAAAAUUUUAUGUAAUAAAGCCACCCAUAUAUCUGGAAAUUUUCCA